AUGUCGAAACCUCCACCAUCAUGUCACUGCGUAGUAGUUGAUGCGUUUUACAACCUUUCUUCUUCUCCACAAUACGUCUUCCUCCUCAGGUCUCUCUCUCACUCUCACUAUUCGGAAUCCUUUGGGAUUAGGGUUUCGACGAUUCCACUCUGCCUUUUGUUGGUUUUUUCUGCAAUGUCUUGUUCUGUCAGGGUGAAAAGGAUGGCAUCUAAUCAAAGUGUUCACGAGGUUUUCAACAGCUUCGAUACUUUAUCUGAGAUUCUCCUCCUCUUACCACCUGAGGAAACUUACAAGCUGAUUCUAGUAUCAAAGCGUUGGCUUCAGAUCAUCUCCAGCCCUUUCUUCCGUCACGCUUACCUCACCAAAUGGAAACCAAGCUUCCACCUCAUCGGUUUCUUCAUCUGCAACACCUCCUACGUCGGCAAAAAACACGUGGAACGUGUCCGUCGCCCUCGCUCUGAAUCCUCCAUGCCUCUCCUCUCAACGAGUAGUUUAGGUGAUGAGUUUGAAAACUGUGGUGUUUUGAAGAAGCUUGGUUAUUACAUUGACUCAUCGAACGGUGUUCUUCUCUGUGGGAGACAUCCGAAAGCUUACUAUCUGUGGGAUCCCACGACUAAGAAGCAGCAUAAGAUCCCGCGGCAUAGGGUUCAUUUCGAAGAGGUGGUGAUGUCUUUGAUCACUGAGGAUUGUCCUGUUCAGGGUUUUAGCUACAAGGUGGUACGUGGGGAGUGUGUUUCUUAUGCAGCUCAGAGUAGUAAGGUGAGAGUAGAGACUUAUUCUUCUAAAACCACCACGUGGAGCUACUCUGAGCUGACUUGUCAUGAGGUGAUAUCUCUAACUCCGUGGACUGCAGGGAGAGUGAUCAAAGGUGUGGUUUAUUGGUAUGCUACAGGAGGUAAAGUUGCUAUCUACGACACAAACGAUGAGGAGAAAAGGAUUAAUGUGAUUAAGCUUCCCAAGACGUUCAACUAUGAUGAACAGGUUUUGGGAGAAUCAUCUGAUGGGUGUUUGCAAUAUGGAUGGAGCAAUAAGUCUGUGAUGGAGAUAUGGAAGCUGGAGAAGAAGGUGAGCGAUGUGCUUGAGUGGACCAUUCAGUUUAAGCUGAAUUUCAAGGCUAUGUGGAGGAUGAAUCCUGUGGAAUCUGCAAGGUUUAGCACGAGGACUAAAGAAACGCAGCUGCUUGCGUUCUUUAACCAGAACUCGGAUACGGUUUUCAUCAGAUGUGACUCGCAGAUCUUCGUGUGUGACACAAAGACUCAAAGGGUUGAAGAAGUUCAUUACCAAGGACGAGGGUCUUCGUUCGUUUGGGAUUACUGCAAAGUCUUACCUUACUUUCAGCUAUCUUGGCCUUCUUCUUCUUCUUCUCUGUUGGAAGAAGGAAACAUGUGAAGAUCGAAACUGUGAUGUCUCUUUCCGCUGUGAGUAGCUUAUGGUAAUAAUCAGUUAGUGUGUAUGCCUCUAAUAUCAUUUUGGUGUUAUGGCCAUUCAGGCCAUUGGAUUAUGGUUUGUUUACAUUAAGUGGCUUUUAUGGGGUUUUUUUAUUGUUUGACCAUUGAUGAACCUCUCAUGGCCAUUGGAAUUACGGUUUGGCUAUUGAAAGAUUGUUCCUUUUGUAAUGACCAAGUUUUGCGUUUUGAAUUUACGUUUCGUGAUAGACUCGGUUUGAAG